AUGCUCCCAGCCCGCAACCAUGGGCGCCUCUGCAGACUCGCCAGGUUCUCCACGGAGGCCACCACACAGGCGGAGCCAGCACAGGCCUUGUUGGUGGUGCCAGGCAUCAGGCGAGGACGCCGCAGAGCAAAGACUAUCAAGGCUGUUGAGCGCACGGCGACCCGCCUGCACCACCGCGAGCUUGUGAAGCAGGAAAUUUUUGAUCGCUAUGCCGUCACAAGCUCGAGGGAGACUUCCCUGCGCUUCCACCUCUUCCGCACCGAGCGGCCGCUCAGCAAGGUGGAGAAGCUGCGUGCCCGACAAACUCUACGUCCGUUCGGCCUGCUUGAGCGGUUUCGUUCAUCCGAGCUGAUAGCUCUGGUCGAAGGCCCGGCUCGUCGGCACUUUGACAACGACCUCCUCUGGCGACAGCUGGAGCGUCUCUUUGUGGUUCAGAGCAAGAUUCUGUCAAUUGGAGAGAUGUCGCGCAUCCUACAUUCGUUCGCAAUGAGAAGGCAGAGCAGGCAGCUUACAGACCCGCCUGCGAAACUUCUGCGGGUGGUCUCGCAGCGCUUCUGUCAAGAGGCGGCGCCUUGCUCUUUUGCGGAGCUUGCCCGACUGACGGAUUCCUUCGGCACAUUCAGUGCAAGAGACACCAAGCUUCUGAAUCACCUCUCCAUGGUUUUCCCGGCCGUGCAGUCCUUGCAGACAGAGGACGGGGAGUUUGAGGCGGUGGUCCAUCUUUGUCGUGGGCUGGCCGCCUUGAGGUGGCCGGAUGAGGCCGCAUUGCGAUUCACUGUGCGGACUGUGUGCGAGUCCCUCGAGGCUUGGCCGCCGAAGCGAGGAAAAGUGCUCGGGCUCGGGAACCGGACCAGCCCGACCAACUUGUAUUUGCUUCCUGCGUUUGAGCCGGAAGAGCGACGCGAAAUCAUUGCAGAUGCUGAUGUCGUUUCCAUCUGCGAAGCUUUGGCGAUCUUGGAGGUCAGAGCCGAGGCUCUGAUUCAUGCGGUCUUAAAGGACGUGGUGACCGAGAGAGGCGGAGCGGCCCAGACACUUUCUCAGCGACGAUGGAGGUCCGCACACCUCCUCGGUCGCCUGAGUCGUAGUUUGGCCAGGCUUGGAGUCGUGGACAAGCAGCUGACAGCUCGAUGGCUGCAGACGGUGCGUCGGGAAGAUCGCAUGAAUUCCCAGCCGCGACGUCCACAGGAGGUGUUGGAGGUGGCGACUACUGCAUAUCAGAUCGGUGCUUUCCACAGGGACCCGACCCGAAUUUGGGAACUUUGGGAUCUUCGGAUCUUCCUUUGCGAUCAGAUCUCGUGCGCUGAAAUAGACGUAGAGGUAGAGGCAGAUGGUCUAAUCGGGGGAAGCACAGCUUCUCUGGCAGAGCUAGCAGUUUUAAGUGGCCUCGAAGAAUCGGCUCAGCCAGAGGCCUUGACCUGCUGCGACGACAGCUGGGUGCCGCCACCCGAUGGCUUCGAGACUCCGAAGGCCGAAGCAGCUCUCGAGGGCGUAAUUCUACGAUGGUCUGCGAUGUCAGGCAGCUCCUCCAGCAGCUCCAGCAUCGCGCUGCAAUACGCCGUGAUCUGCUCGAGGCUGCUGAGCACGGAGGAGCUCCUGGAAGCUCACCGCUGUUGCGCGCUUCUGCACGUCCAGGAGCAUCUGUCUGGAGUUCCGUCGGCAAGCCGUACGGCUUUCGGCCAUAUGGACCGCUGCCCAGAUCUCGCCAAGGUACUGUGGCAGAGAAUGGCGGGCAUUGUGGCCGACCUUUCAGGCGAAUCGAGCAGCCGCUUCCAUGAGUUGGCCACCUUCUCGUCUGUCGCGGAGUCGCUGCAACGGCUCUCGCCGGCGGCUGUUGCUCCUGAGGAGGCCGACCUUGCCAUGGCUUGUGGACGCGCGCUUCGGGCGAGACUGGGUCAAGGAGCUACGCUGACCAUGCGUGCCACGAUAUCCGUGACUGAGUGGUGCGCCUCCACUUCGGUGCCUUGUCCCAAAGUGACGCAAAUCUGCUGCGAGACGCUGGUCACGAAGGCCAAGCUCUUCUCUGGCGAGAGACUGCGGCGUGCCCUCUUCGCCACUUUGCAGGCGAGAAGCAGCAUCUUCAGCCUGCAGAAGAUCUGUGCUGCACCUGGCGAUGAUGUGGAGCAACAUGAGUUGUGCGCCGGUGAUGACAGAGGCUUCGCCUGGCCGUCCACUUCCUUCGUGCUCAAGCUCUGCACCGAGUCAAGGCCGGAACCACCAUCUGGUUGCGAGGAAUGUGCCGGUGGAGAAGCCUGUGAGAUACCUCGUGCAAAUACCACCUUUUUUGAGCAUCUCCUGCAGAUGUUGCCUCGGUGGACGAGCCGUCCUGCCCAUCGAUUAGUUCGUCGCUUGGAGAGGCUCGCUGCACUGAUGCUUGAAGGUCACAUGUCGACGAUAUCUGUGGCACAGGAGUCAUCCACUUACUUCGUCGACUUACCGACACGCGGCGAAGGCGAAGGCGACGCGGGCGCUUCCGAGCACGCUGCCGCCUUUGCUGCUCGGCCCGGGGCCUUCGAUCCCGCGGCCCUGGGAAGGAUCCAAGUGGUCUGUCUCCAAUGGGGGCUGCCACCCCGAAGAGACCGCGUCUACGGCAGAGCUCCGGGCCAUGGCGCUUUCUUUUCCAAGCCGACGGAGCGCCUGAGCCAGUCGCGAUUGCCUCGCCGGCAGAUGGCUGAGAGGAGAAGCUUCAUUCCAGACAGCAGCGCGCUGACAUUGGCACCGGAACCGCCCCUGGGCAAGGUGGAGUACAAGCUUAAGCUAAGUGCCCAGGAGGGCACCGAGAGAUUCGAAGAAUUGGUGACUCAGCUAAAUUGGCGAAUGCGAGAAUGCAGCUCCGAAGAGGAGUGUGCCGAAGUCGCAGAUCUCAGCCAGUACCGGGAUGCUGUGUAUCGACUAGGUGUCGCAGAUGACGGGGCGGUGUUGGGCUUGAGUGAUGCAGAGUUAGCAGAGUCGAUGUCUGUCUUGAAUGCCAUGGCUGCAAGAAUCCCAGCAACAGUUACUGUCCUGAGCAGACGAACCGGGAUUGCGCCUGGUAACAAGACGUCCAUCACUGCACUGAUCCGAGCCCAAACAUCGGCGCUUUCUCUGCUGGGGCAGGGGGACCAGGUGAGGAUCUGCACUGUUGGAAACGUGGAUUCUGGAAAGUCCACGCUGCUGGGCCUUCUCACGCAGGGCUUGAGGGACGACGGCCGAGGGCGCGCGCGCUCCUCUGUGUUUCGCCAUCGCCAUGAACUCGAGACUGGGAGGACUUCGUGUGUUUCCACGAUGACACUAGGCUUCGAUCAAAUCGGUCGGGUCGUGAACUAUAAGGAGGACAGCGAGGGAGUGUUUCGCAGUGAGGAACCGCAGCACAAUGCCGGACGGGCUGAGGCACAAGCGCGGAUCGCCGAAAAGGCUUCCAAGCUCAUCACAUUCUUCGACUUGUGCGGGCACGAGCGCUACUUCAAAACGACCUUGCAAGGCAUGGUGGGCUUGGCACCCGACUAUCUGCUCUGUACGGUUGAUGCUAACCGUGGCGAACUGCGGGGCAUGGUCCAUGAGCAUUUGGUGGUUGCAAAUGCGCUUGCGAUCCCCACCGUCAUCUGCCUCACGAAAUGUGACGUGGCAGGCGAAGGGCAGAGAACGUCCGCUCUAGAAGAUGUCAAGAAGUUCAUGAAGCAGAUGGGCACACCUACAUUUGUUGUGAAGGACGCUAACGAUGUAGUGCUCGCAGCAGAGCGCAUCCUCCAAGGAUUUACGCCGAUCUUCCUGUGCUCCGCAGUCACUGGCGCGAUGAUUCCAGAGCUAAAGCUCUUGCUGAAUGUCCUUCCUCGAAGACCACCCCUGCAAGCUCCCGCAGCUUUGUCUCUACCAGGAUCCGAAGCCCUUCAAAUUCAGAUCGACGAAGUCUUCCCCCAAGUUCCGGGGGUGGGACUCGUAGUUUCAGGCAGGGUGCUACACGGGACUGCGAGGCCCAACGAUGGGAUCCGGCUGGGGCCCAUCGUAGACACCUCCGGAGACUUGGUGAAGGAUGGCUUCAUCAGCUUGAGGUUGGCCUCCAUCCGUGCGCAAGACCACCCCGUCGAAGAGCUGAGAGCUGGCUCGAGCGGUACCUUCGCAUUGAAAGCCUCCGGAAAGGCCCGGGAUGCUCUGACGCCAAAGGUCUUGAGUAGAUCAAAAAUCCUGGUUGGCACGAAAUCUCCGUUGACGCCGUCACGUUGGAUCAAGGCGAGCAUCACUGUGCUGCAGCAUCCAAGUUCCAUACGUGUGAGAUAUGAGCCCGUCCUUCAUGUUGGCAUGACGCGGCAAACGGCUCGAGUUAUGUCCAUGAGCGACGCGGAAGGGCGGCCCAUCUCGUUGCUUAGAGCCGGCGAUUCAGCAGAAGUCUUGUUCCGCUGGGCUCACUGGCCAGAAAUUAUCGAGCCAGGCUGUGCCCUCGUCUUCCGCGAGAACUCUGUAAAAGGUGUGGGCACAGUGACCUGGGUCGGAGAUUUCGAGGAGCCCGGGCCGAAAAAGCGGAGAUCCGGCAGCCGCCCUCAAACCGCCAAGGUUUCGAAGUCUGCGAACGACAAGAAGAGGGACAGAGUAGCCAGGGGAGCCAGAUCUGAAAAAGCCGGCAAAGUCAGUGCAAAGCAAAAGGGCCGCAAGGGCAAGCGCUCGAAGCGCUAG